CUUCUGGAAACUGCUCCCCGAGUACCAGGGUUUUGUUGCAGAUAGCUGGUUGGAUCCGACUGGACAGAUCAACAUGCAUAUCUGCACAGUUGUCUCCAGAUGUCUGGCCAAGAAGAGGGGUAAAUUUACGGCGGACCCGUCCUAAAGAUAUUUCUCAUCGGUUUCGCAUUGUGGAAUCUUCCCAUACCCGACAUUGCACAGACAUAGUUCCUAGCAGGCGGAUCUGGUGCUCAACGACCGUUACAUUCACUCUGCCCAAUUCUGGCUGAGCUCAUACGCAUCGGACAUUUCAUAUCAUUUGUGCUCGACAGUGGAGGGCAAAAUGUGUAACGACGACAAUCAUAGCCCCACGCCCCCACCAGCUGGUGCCAUCGCGGCCGAUGAGUUCACCGAUGAAAAUUCCUCGUUGAAUGGUGGUAGCAUCGCGUCGUCCACGUCAACCGUAGCAGACUCAAUUCUUGAGUCUAGAUUGGAAAACGGGAGAACAUACCACAAGUACAAAGAAGGGAAGUACUGGGCGCCCAACGAUGAGCGAGAGAAGGACAGACUUGACCUUGUACAUAAUCUUUACCUUUUGACCUUUGACUACUAUCUUGGAACUGCGCCGCCAUCCCGAGAGGACUCGAAAGUCGGUCGCGUGCUCGACGUCGGCACAGGCACCGGCCUAUGGGCAAUUGAAUUUGGAGAGGACCACCCUGAGGCUGAGGUCAUCGGUGUGGACUUGUCGGCUUCCCAGCCAAACUUCGUACCUCCGAAUGUUCGAUUCGAGAUCGAUGAUAUCGAGGAACCAUGGACUUUCAGUGAGCCCUUUGACUACAUUCACAGCAGAAUGAUGAAGGGCAGCAUCCGCGACUGGCAAAAAUUCCUCCAGAGCAGCUUUGAUAACCUCACCCCUGGUGGAUAUCUCGAGCUGAACGAUAUCGACUUCUUCCCCUUAUCAGAUGAUGACACGAUUCCAAAGGAGAGUAAGCUCAUGAAGGCGUUUGAACUUUGCUUUGAGGCUCUUGAAAAGAUGGGAUCCCCUUUCGAAGAGUUCAGUCGCUUCGAGACCCUGCUCGCCGAGGUUGGAUUCGAAGAUAUCCAGGUGCAGCGUUUCAAGUGGCCCACGAAUACGUGGCCCAAGGACAAAAAACACAAGAACCUUGGCGAGUGGAAUCUCGAGAACCUUUCGCCGAAUUUGGAUGGUCUUCUCAUGGCGCCGCUGACGCGAGCUCUGGACAUGAGCCAGGCAGAGGUCCAUGUUAUUGCGAUGGAGGCUCGUAAGGAGCUCUCGGAUAGACAGAUCCACGCUUACUUCAACGUGUGGUCGAUCCAUGGACGCAAACCAGCGGCGGCAGCGGCGAACUGAGAAUGGCCAAGCCAUCUUUGAUCCGAUGCGGAAUACAUAGGGAUUUUCGACAUGCGGAGAGGCUUGGUUUGUUAGUGCUUUAAUAGAGGCUGGCCAGCCUGAAAACAAAUAUCUUUCAUUGUACCAAACGAAGACCCGAAGAUGGCUGUUCUUCCCUCUCGUCUCACAACUGAGGAAAGAUGACUUUCGUAUUAGCUA